AGGACGUGACAACCCUGCUGCGAUUACUCUGUUGCUCUGCGUUUUUGUUGAUUUCGCUGGACCGGCUAAAUUGUUAAUUGUUGAUUAAUCGUUUAAACAAUAACGGACUCAUGGCCAGCAACGAGCCCGGCGGCGGGAAUCUGAUGGACGAGUUCGAGGAGGCCUUCCAGUCGUGCCUGCUGACGCUGACCAAACAGGAGCCGAAUACGGGGACCAGCAAGGAGGAGAUCGAGCUGGAGGUGCAGAAGACUACCAAUCGGUUCAUAGACGUGGCCCGCCAAAUGGAGGCGUUCUUUCUGCAGAAGCGCUUCCUCGUCUCCACGCUGAAGCCCUACAUGCUGAUCAAGGACGAGAACCAGGACCUGAGCAUCGAGAUCCAGCGCAAGGAGGCGCUGCUGCAGAAGCACUACAAUCGGCUGGAGGAGUGGAAGGCCUGUCUCUCGGACAUCCAACAAGGUGUCCACAGUCGUCCCACGCCACCAAUUGGCGGAGUCGGGAUGCUUCAGGGCCCCGGGGGCGUGGGCGGCGGAAUGGCCGGCAUGGGCGGAGCACCCCCACGGCCGGGAAUGAUGCCCGGAAUGCCACCGGGUGCCAUGCAGCCGGGCGGACCCAUGCAACCCAGUCCACAGCACAUGCUGCAGGCCCAGCAAAUGCAGCAACUCCGGAUGAUGGGCAAACUGCCGCCAAAAUGAUGAUCGGGCAGCCUAUUCUUUUAGCAUGUAAUUUUUUAUAGAUCCCUUAGUCUACCUGUAUCUCGUGUAGUGAAAUAAACAUUCACAAAUAUGUGAUACCAAAUCCGA